AUGAGCACGAGUGUUAAGCUUAGUACUGAUGGGUCAGGCAAGAAUGUUGAGCAAUCCUUGUAUAGGAGCAUAAUUGGGAGUCUACUGUAUCUCACUGCAAGUAGACCAGACAUUGCUUUUAGUGUUGGGGUCUGUGCUAGAUUUCAAGCUAAUCCUAAGGAAUCUCAUUUAGUAACUGUCAAACGCAUACUUCGCUAUGUAAAUGAGACAGUCAAUUAUGGGAUCUGGUAUUCUAGAGACUCUAAUACUGAGCUUGCAGGCUAUUCUGAUGCUGAUUGGGUAGGUAAUGCAGAUGAUAGAAAAAGUACUUCUGGUGGGUGUUUCUAUGUCGGCACAAACCUUGUUGCCUGGAUGAGCAAGAAGCAAAAUUCCAUAUCGCUGUCCACGGCUGAGGCUGAAUAUAUUGCUGCAGGCAGCUGUUGCACGCAAUUGUUGUGGAUGAAGCAAAUGUUGUGUGACUAUGGUAUUACUCAAGGUAUGAUGAGCAUUUAUUGUGACAAUACUAGUGCCAUAAACAUUUCAAAAAAUCCUGUCCAACACUCUAGGACCAAGCACAUUGACAUUAGACAUCAUCUUAUUCGAGAGCUGGUAGAAACACGUGUGGUGACUCUUGAGUACAUUCCCACCGAACACCAACUAGCCGACCUUUUCACUAAACCUUUGGAUGUGCUUCGGUUUGAAUUACUUCGAAAGGCUAUUGGUAUUUGUGCAUUGACCUGA